UCGGAUCCACAAAAGACAGGACCCCAUAACACUAUUAGUCUCACACUGCACUGACUAAACAUGGAUUACACUAUUCGCACAACCAACGUGGAGGACUGCAAGGACAUCUUGCGGAUGAUCAUGGAAUUGGCUGAAUAUGAGAAAGCCACAGAUCACGUGAAACUGACACAAAAAGACUUGGAGCAAGACGGCUUCUCCAAGAACCCGUUCUUCCAUGGGAUCAUCGCUGAGGUUCCUGACCAGCACAAAACCAAAGACGGCCAUACAAAGAUAGGAUAUGCACUUUACUUCUUUUCCUACAGCUCGUGGAAGGGCAGAGCUGUGUACAUGCAGGACUUGUACGUGACGCCUGAGUUCAGAGGAAAGGGCAUUGGUAAAGCACUCAUGAGUAAAGUAGCACAGUUGGGAAUGGCCGCCGGCUGUACACAGCUCAACUUCACCUGUGGCGACUGGAACAAAUCAUCUCUGGACUUCUAUCUUAGUCAGGGCUGUACCAACGUCACAGCUGACAUGGGCUACCAAUAUAUGAGCUGCAAUGGAGAAGCUCUGGAGCACCUGGCCCAACCCUAACCCAACAGUGUGCUCAUGACCUCUUGACCUUUGCAACCAUGAGGUCGACUCACUCAAUGCAACACUCAGAGGCCCUGUUCCAAAACUUGACAAUCACACUUGUGCUUAUUUCUCAAAACACUAACAUAAUAUAUAAUAUUAUUAGACAGUUUGCUAAGCCCCACCCACCUUACUUACUUUUGCUACACCUGUCAAACUUUCCAUUUUUAAAAUAGCACAUGAACAGUUUACAGUGACAACGGU